GCUAGCCUCUAAGGCUCUAAAUCACCACCGAAGGGCAAGAGAUCAUAAGUUUCCCCUCAUAGAACGCUGCGAGUUUUCCCGUCUGUUCUUUUUCCCUCUUUCUCCUACCUAAACCUUUAUUUACACCUUUUCGGCCAGCACCAAAUGUUGGUCCGCCGCUUGCCGCCGGCGAUUUUCAGUUACUUCUUGCACAACGGCCGCUCCUUCUCUUUCACGGUCGCCGCUGGUUCCCUUUUUGAGCAUUAUCCCAUCGGCAAUCCAUCGGCCCCACUAGGGUACCUGGAGGGGUUUCCCCGGCCUGAUCCCAAGUACGCCGAGACAAUCGUUGCGAUCCCUCGAUUGAAGUCGGGAAAGAACAUCUCUUCCAAGGAGAGGAAGGCGGGUAGAGUCCCGAGCAUUGUUUUUGAGCAAGAGAACGGGGAAGAGGGUGGGAACAAGAGACUUAUCUCCGUGAAGUCUAAGCAGAUCCGGAAGCUCGUGGAACACCUCGGCCAGUCCUUCUUUCUCUCAAGGCUAUUCGAGCUUGAGGUCCGCUCGGCAUUCGAGGAUGAAAGCGAAAUUAUAGAGAAGGUCCGAGUGUUACCGCGCAAGCUUCAUCUACAUUCUGGCACUGAUGCUGUUCUUAACGUCACUUUUAUGAGGGCUCCUUCUACUGCAUCAUUGAAAGUUGAUGUUCCUCUAGUCUUCAGAGGAGAGGAUUCUUGCCCAGGUUUGAGAAAAGGGGCUUAUUUAAAUACCAUUAAGAGGACUGUCAACUACCUUUGCCCUGCUGACAUUGUUCCGCCUUAUAUUGAUGUUGAUUUGAGCGAACUGGAUGUUGGUCAGAAGAUUGUAAUGGAAGAACUCAAGGUUCAUCCCGCACUUAAGCUGCUUCACCAACCAAAUCAACCAGUUUGCAAUCUUAUAGGAGCAAGGGCUUCAGACGAGAAAAGAUCAAAAUGAAUUUCAAACUGUGUUGCCAUAGAAGUCCUAUUUUGCAGGCCCUUGUAUUGCAUAGAGAAGCCUUAAUCAACCCGGAGCAGUGCAACUGGCACUAAUUUUUUCUAGCUUAGUUGGUUACUGUUCAUUUGUUUAGCACUUGUAUGGUGCAGUUCAUGCUUGGAUGGUUCUUUUUACUUUUGUUCAAAGGACAUGUAUAGGGAGGCUGCAUGUUGUCUUAUUUGUUGGGAUCCUUGCAGAUGAGAAUGGUGACAAUUUUGUUAAAAACUUAGUCAAGAACUGAUGAUUUCCUUGUUUUUAUGUUGUUUUGAAAUAAGUAAUUAUUUGCUCAA